AUGUCCAACCCUAGCACCCCUCGAUCCCGAUCCCGCUCCAAGCGGUCAACCACAAACCUAUCGAACCUCCGCCUCGCACCACUAUCCACCAAGUUCGCUGAACCUUCCGACGACGUCGGCAAAGGCCCGAAGACCCCAAAGAGCCCCUAUGCCGACGACGACGCGACUUUCACACGCCAACACCCCUCCUACCUCCAAGGCCGCUCCGCCCCAACAACACCCGGUAUCCUGUCGCGAAGCUCAAGCCGGAAACACCUUGGCGGAGGUUUGAGCAGGAGGGUGUCGAUAUAUGACGAUGAUAAUGCCCUCGCCGAUGGCGACGCUGAUGCAGAAGACGAAGUACAAUACACCUACAAUGCCAAUGCUCGCAGUCUCGCGCAGAAUCGAGGAAGAGCAGACUUCGGUAGUGGAAACAUCCCCAAAGCUAAGAGUGAGGCUGCCAUCACUGCGCAACGGCAUGGGCUAUCGGGUCAAGGCGUGCCGUUGCGUAAGCAUGGCAAUGUGAGACGGCCAAAGAGCGGUAUCGCGACACCAAGACAUCUAGACGAUGAUGAUUGGCUACGACACACAGGCUCUACCGCUGCAGCACUGGUCCAGGAAGGCAAGGGACAAAUAUGGCGGAGCUCGACAAACCUCACUGUGCCUGAGAGUGAGGAUGACGAAGACGAUGAUCGAUAUGAGGAGAUGGCGAGACUCAGCGCAAGUACAGCGAAGCUUCAACUAGGACAGUUUGAGGGACCUGGAAGUCCAGUCCUCGCAAGGAGUGGACGAUCGGCAUCAAACUGGGGAAGUAGAUAUGGAAGUCGUAACGCAAGCCAGCGGACUAGUAGAAUCGCAAGUCCAGUUGGAACAAGAACGCCGAGAAGAGCGCAGGAUGUGCCAGGCUACUUCGAUACACCCGUCCACGAGGCUCCAGCAGAGGAUGAGGUCGCCUUUGCGAAGCCCCGGGAAGAAUCAGACGAAUACGAAGACCGAGCUGAAGUCGACAAACUAUCACAAUCCAACAGCUUUGGAUUGGGCAGUGUGGUGGACAAGCUCAUGAACUUCAACCUUUUCAAAAAUGACGAAGGAGCUGAGACGACGGAUGAUGAUCUCGGGAGUGCGAGGAGGAGCGAAUCGCCUGACGAAGCUCGAAACCGUAUGACCGCUGAAAUGGAACGAAGACGAGAGGAGAAGGAACGCUUGGCGGCGCAGCCACGCCCUGCGCCGAUGGGGGAUGGGAAGGAUGGGAAGGGUGAAGUGGGAGGAUGGACGGAUGCGGCAUGGUUGCUGAGUGUGGCGAGUAAGGCGAUGUUCUGA